UGGUAGAACAAGCAGAAGAAGAAGAACAACAUCCACAAUAUUUGGUUUAGUGACUUGUCUUCAGAGAUACGCUACAAGUCAUACAGCCGAGCAUGAGCGACAAAAAAGAAGUCAGCUUUGAUCCUAAAGGUAUGGUGACUCGUACAUUUACACUGUUACUCUCAAAUUUAUCUGUUUAUCAGUUUUUUACCUAUUUUGACCCUUGCUCUGUUUGUCAGAACAGGAGAGGCAGAGUUUAUGAUCUGUACUGCAAUUUUUUUUACACAUCUUGUUCCUGUUUAUGUUUCAGGCCAACUAUUAAAUGAAAGUUUUUAUACAUUACAUUCGCCUAAAGUAUGAUACCAUGUCAGUCUGAGCUAAAAGCACCGUAGCCAAGGUAGUAGGGGAGAGUGGGGUAAGUUGAGCCACCCCCUGUUGCUUGGAAAUGGUAAAAGAAAUUGAUCAUGUGACCAAAUAUUUAGGAGCUGGGCAUCAAUUCAUGAAGUCUGUGAAGGUUAGAAGUACAUGAGUUAGACAUUUAUUUCCAAAAAAAAAAUCAUUUUUCACUCUUGAAAGUGAAUUUAGUCAUAAGUUUUAUUAGAAUUGUGUUCAGACCAAAAAAGAUCAUUUUAAAUUUGUUUUAUACAUCAAUUGUGGUAUCUAUGAGCUACAACAUGAGGUCAAAAACCUAAAAUAAAAGUCCACAAUUUUAGCUUAGAGGACUAAUAAAGUCAUCAUAGUAGUUCUGGGGUAACUGAGAAAGUAAAGAAGUCUGAUGAGAGGAUCAGAGUUUCAGUUCAGAUUGUUUAAAUGUUUUACUUUUUCUUUUCAAAAAUACAGCUGUGAAUGUUCUGAAUCACUUAAAGGCAUUCACAUGUUAAAAUGGCUUCUUAAAAAACAGCUUUUUAGCAGUUAUAUGCAAUAAUAAUAAUAAAAAGAACUAUUGUACCAUUGACAGUUCGGGAGGGCUCAACUUACCCCGCUCCCAUGGUCAACUUACCCCAUACACAGGAUAAGUUGAACCAAAUGCUGAUAUAUUUGUUUUGUCAUCGGAGAAUCUCCGCUCACUUUAAACAAUUGUAUAAACUUUUUUUCUAAACUUCUUUAGAGCACCAGCAUCUGCGCUACAACCCCCUGCGAGAUUCCUGGGUCCUUGUGUCAGCUCACCGCAUGAAGAGACCCUGGGCAGGCCAGAUAGAAAAACCCCCCGAAGAACACAUACCCAGAUAUGACCCCAACAACCCCCUCUGUCCAGGGAACCCAAGAGCAAGUGGAAAGGUGAGAGCAGAUUGAUACAUUUCCUUAUGUUGCACGCAUACUGAUUCUCAUCACACAGCAAAUGAAGGCUGACAUGAUCAUAGUCCAAUAACAGUGUUCAGUUCUUUGCUGGUUAUUCUGGUCACUCUUAGUCCCAUUCACUACUUUCUUGCUCCACACCUACUAAUCCAAGCUCAUCAUUCUCAGCUCACUUGGUAUAAUGACAGAAGUAAUUCUUGUGAUCUGGAUGUAGAUCCCUAGGGUUUGUUUUAUUUAGUGAGUCUUAAGUGACCUCCAAGAACCUUCAAAUAGAUGUAAAGCACACUGUACCUCUUGGAUCACUUACAAGGAGAAAUAGUCCAGAAUUUAACUUAAUUUGCAGUUUAAUAUUUUUCGCAAUUUCACAGGGACAAGGAGAGUAUACGCCAAGUCUGACUGAAGCUAUUAAAUGCAAAAAUAUAUAGAUCUGAUACUUUAACGAACAGCUCAGAUCCAGAUACUGAAUUGAGAGGAGUGAGAAGGAGGCACAUCCUGCAGAUCAGAUCCUGAAAGUUUUGUGUGUGAGCAAAUUCCUUGGUCAGCGCUCUGUCAGCUUCCUGUCAUAGCUCUUUUAAUUCAUGCUUCCCCUCAAAGACUUGCAGAUCUCUCCGAAACUGACCAAGGAAUCCCCUCCAAUUCAUUUUCACUUAAAACUUUUACAUUCAAUCAUACUACUUAACCUUUUGGGACUGUGUGGCGUAGACAAACUCGGUCCACACAAGAAGCGAGCUUGCCUGAUUGUUUAGCCUUGAAACUAAGAGGAUUAUCAUAAAACUCACAGGGGAAGUGGCUGGAAAUGUAGUUCCUUUUCCAGAUCUCUCAGCUGACCUGUUGAAAAAGUGGGCGGUGGCAUUAAAACACAACUAUGUGGCAAUAUGCCAUCUUGGUAAUAAUUUUUGUCCAGAUGCAUCAUUUAGAAAUGUUUCUUUCCCAUGUCAAACAGCCCGUGCCAAAAUCAUCAUUAUGCAUAACCGUAUCGCUCCUUUUAAUUAGCACUGAACAUGUUGAUACAUCUCUGGCAUGAACCAAACAUUAUAUUCAAGUUAUAAAUGGCAUUUGUGUCGUUUCCUCCUGUUUCUUAUGUCUGUGUGUCCAUUUGUUUUCCUCCAGGUAAAUGCGGACUAUGACAGCACUUUUAUUUUUGAAAAUGACUUUCCAGCUCUUCAGCCAGAUGCACCAGAUCCCGGUGAGUCCUUGUGCACUGAAAGUAUUGACUAUAAGAGUCAUUUUACUACAUAACGGGAAAAGUAAGACCAGUGGAUGUGCGUUUGAUAUCUUUUUGUUUUUUAUAUCAUGAUUUUAUUAAGUUGUUUCUGUUUUAGUGAAAUCAACUUUUGUAUUUACAACUUUGGGCAUAAUUUACUUUUAAAAGGAUUCUACUGUUAAGGAUUUGUUCAAGUCGUACAGGUGCAAAGAGAUUGUUUUACUCUCCCUGAAUUAAUAAAGAGAAAUGAAGUGUUGAAACACAACAUUUUUUCAUUCUUAUGCAGUUCACUUGUUUGUUUGUUUUCCCUUCAGAUUCUGAUCAAGAUCCGUUGUUCCAGUGCAAAGCAGCCAGGGGUGUCUGGUAAGAACAGAGCUUCAUGUCACACCUCACCGGAGUGAUACGUUUUUGGUUUUGCAUUUAUGAAAUUAGAGCAAGUAUUUAACUAUUAGAAGACCUGCAGGUAAUGAGCAGACGGUUGAAAUGCAUUAUUUCUAAGGAGACCUCAGUGAUGUAAUCGGUGUAUACAAAGUGCCAUGUACAUUUUCAAUUUGCUAUUAAAGAUUUCAGCAGCAAUGUAAGAAUGUUAAAUAGGUUCCAACCCAUAAAAUAAGCCCUGAAGACUAAACAGUAGAUCCUGUUUAUCUAUGUCAAUAAGGUGCAUUACCAGUCCUACUUUCAGACAUCUCCUUCUCCUGUCUCUGUUUUAUUUACCUUCUUUCAGUAAGGUCAUGUGUUUCCAUCCAUGGUCCGACAUUACUCUCCCUCUCAUGCAAAAUCACGAGGUUGUCAAGGUGAUCGACAAGUGGGCAGGACUUGUUGAGGAACUGGGCACCUCGUACCCAUGGGUUCAGGUAUUUGUUGCAUGCACACAUUUACCCUUUUUCACAGUCACUCAUUGUUGAAAUACCAAAGCUUUCAAAAAUGGCAGGUGUACUAAUUUCAGUAUUUCGUGUUUGUUUGUUUUUUUUGUCUAUUUUUAGAUCUUCGAGAAUAAAGGAGCUAUGAUGGGUUGUUCGAAUCCACAUCCUCAUUGUCAGGUAUAAUACUCACACAAAAGGAGUUAAUGCCUCCAUCAAAACAGAUGACUUCCUGUUUGGUUUAGGGUGUAUCUAAAUGUUGGACUUAACUCAUGACAGGUUGAGACAAAGCCCAGUUUAAAUUAACGCCAUGGUGAUGAGUAAUGAGGACAGUGUGUGACCUCAGGACAACAGUGAUCAAACACUGUAAAGUAGACUGAUCUGAGGGGUCUUAUUCCUUAUGUGAGCUCAGAAACAAAACCUUGAAUCAAUAAUUCCAAAUUAAUUCUAAAAACUAAUUUCAGCAUGAACAGGGGGAAAGAAAGCUUGUGUAACGUGAUGAAAUGUGCGUUAUCAGACAUCAUCAGAGUAAUGAUAGUAUACCAGUCAGUGUGUAAGAGACGUAUCAGUCCUCAACCUGUAAUCGAAGAUGAAGUAAACUAACCCCAUAAAAUCAGGGUGUAUUUGUUAUUUGUAAAUGGUGAAUGAAAUGAAACAAUAACCCGCUGUGAAUGAGUCAAAUCAUUUCUGUGUGAUGUGUUAGUUGUUAAUUAUUAUUGCGGUGUUGUUGUGUAUUCCAUUAAUGGGGACCUACUGCAGGACAGUGGGACUUACACACCUGUGGGCUGCAGGUGCUUAUUACAUUGAAAAUCUCUGCCUCAAUAAUAAUAAUAAUGAUUAACAAAGAUUUUUAAUCAUAGGCCCAGUUUUAUUUUCUAAUGGCGUCAUAAGAAAGUUCCACUGUCAUCAUGUCUUUGGGCUUUAAUAUUAAUCUUAAUAUGUGCUCACACACACAAACACAUACAGUCCUUUUUGCGUAUACUUGUAAUGCUUGCAUAGCAGUGUGAUGACUUGGUCCAACCAUCUGUGAUAAACAUAAAUAUUAUAGAAGGAUAAAUAUUGUGCUGUGAAAUGGCAAUAUGUAAAGGGUCGUAUACCUAAAGAGGCCAUUUGGCAGUGAUUUAAAAAGUGGGCAGGUUACUUGUUGUCAUCAUCCUCACUCUGCUUCUUCAUGCUGUCUAGUAGGUUUGGGCGAGUAACUUCCUGCCAAAUGAGCCAGCACUGUCGGACCGCUGUCAGAGAGCUUACCAUCAGAAACAUGGAAAGCCACUUUUGUUGCAGUACGCAAUACAGGAGGCUGAGAAAAAGGUACAUCUUACACACAUGACACAUAUUAAAAUGUUGUUUUUUUUUAUUUUUUAUCAACAUUUUUCCUAAUAAUGCAUGUGAGGUUUAAUUUUUUCUGCACUAAAAAGGCAUAAACUAUGUCUGAAAGAAAUAUGAAACCUGUGUUAAGUAUGCGUUGGCUGUGCCUUCUUUGGGAGUUAAUCUUUUUUUUUCACUAUUUUAAUUUUUAAGCAGACAUUUCUGAGCCCAAAAUGUGUUGUUCACCUCGUGUGUGAAUUUGUUUAAUCUCCAGGAGCGGUUGGUGGUGGAGAAUUCUGAUUGGCUGGCUGUGGUACCAUAUUGGGCAACAUGGCCCUACCAGACAUUGUUAUUACCACGGCGGCAUGUCCUGAGAAUAAAUGACCUGACACAAAAGGAGAGAGAAAGUGAGCAAGACUUAUUUAAGGCAAAUUAGUGAGUCUGAGUGUAAAAUGUAUGAUAAACUGUUUUUUUAUGAUUAAAAUUUUACUGAAAUUUUAAAAUCACAGCAAACAUUCAACAAAUAUUACAACACACCCCAUUAAGAAUAAUGAGCUGUGUGGAGUACAAAUUAACCACACACACAAAAUAUGUAAAUAUAAGAAUGAAAAUUUGUUUAUCAAGGUAGAGUUUUUAAAGUUUUUUAAGUUUGUGUAACUUUUUACUAAAUAAGAAAAAUAGAAGGAAAACAGAGAGAGGAUUUGCCAGAGAUGUGUACAUCAGUUAGCUGGCUGUUAAUAAGAAGUUACCAGGCAUAAUCAAAGUUCAUGAUACAAAAAUUGAAUACAAAAAUAAACUAAUGCGUGCAGAUUGUAUAACAUGUAUAAAGUAACCUGAAACCUUUUGCCAAGCUGCAGUAACCUGUUAUCAAUCCACUGUACUUUAAUGCUGGAGGGGGAGAGGAGGGCAAGUUUGUGCAUGACAGCAGUAUGGACCCAGUCUGGAGAUAAAGGAUCUACUCACAGGUUCAGGAUUUAGAACAGUUGCUCAGGCCCAUAUGAACCUUUGUAUUUCGAUAAGAAUCUUAAAUCAUUUGUUGCAGAGGCCUUUGUAAAAACAUUUAUAUAAAUCAUGAAAUAUUAGAAAAUAUUCACCCUUACAAAGACAGAAAGAGAAAAAAGAACAAAUCCAUUAUCCUGUAAUUAUUCCCUCUUCUCAUGUAAUUGUACAAUAAGGACAUAGCAAACUCUUUCUUUCUUUCUUUGUCUCUUUCUGUCUUAGGUCUGGCUGACAUUAUGAAGAGACUGCUGACCAAGUAUGAUAAUCUGUUUGAGAUGUCUUUCCCCUACUCCAUGGGCUGGCAUGGUAAGUUUACUCCUUUUUUUUCCUAUGUCACCAGUGGGACAGCAUUUAUAAAAUAGCUUAAAGUAUUACAGUGGUAAGACACAGUCCACCAUACCUUGCAAAGUAAUUAGAAACUGAAUUUAGAAAAUGUAUUUAAUACAUUAAUGUAUUUAAUUUAGAAAACCUCUGUUAAAUCCACGCUCACCGGCUGAAUGGAUGGGUGGGACUGGGUCUCUGUGGAAAGUCUAACUGCCUCUGACCUUUGCUCAGGAGCCCCUACAGGCACAUAUUUAACAGAGGACAAUGCUCACUGGCAGCUGCACGCUCACUACUACCCUCCUCUGCUGCGCUCAGCAACAGUGAAGAAGUUUAUGGUGGGUUAUGAGAUGCUUGCCCAGGAGCAAAGGGACCUCACUCCUGAACAGGUGAGUAACACAACUUCACUAUUGUACAAAUCGAUGUUUGGUAUUGCGACAGUAUCUGUGAUUAUUUUACUAUUAAAUGACAAAAUGCAAAACUCGAAGCAUACAGAUUUUUGUUCAGUUUAAAUGUUUUGUAAUGGAAGUUUGGUACUAUGAAAACAUUGAAUUCAAAUAAAUGGAUUGCUGUAUUGGUAUGCUCGGUUUAUUGCCUCUGAAGGGAGUGUGUGAGCUAAUUCCACAUUUCGAAAGAGACUUCACUCUCGUCAGCUACAUUCCCUCUGACCUCAGGAGGAUUCAUACAUUUUAACCUUGUUCUUGUACUUUUAGGCUGCCGAGAAGCUGAGGAACCUCCCAGAACAACACUAUAAAACUAGAGGGAAUCAGGAGAAGGGAGGAAAUGAGAGAGCAGAUGGAGAUCAGUAGAGUGAUGUCUGGUGAGGAAAUCUAUUGCCUCAUUGAAACUACAGCAAAGAUCUUGAAAAUAUAAAGAGUUUAGAAGGUAUACUGUUAAAGUACCUUGCCAACACUUGAAUUUGACAUUUUUUUUUUUUUUAGAUUGUCACUUUGAAUAAAUCACUUUGUGCCUUGUACUACACUGUUCCUAGAUUUACCUGUCAUACCUCUGAACAUGUACAACCAAAGCUAGCUCUGAUAUUACUGCAGUUGACUGGCUGGCCAACUCACAUGAACCCCGUAGAGAAACUGUGGGACGGUUGUCAAGAGGAAGAUGAGAAACACCCAACCCAAAAUUGCAGACCAGUUGGAGACCACUGUCAAAUUAAUCAGGGCUUCAAAAGCACCUUAACAGAGCAAGAGGCAAGUUCAUUGAUUCAGUUAUUUGUCAUGAAGAAGCUUCAACCAAGUACUGACAGUACAAAUGAACUUAUUCUGCAGAAGAUGGACCUUUUUAUCAUUUUAAAUAUAUUUUUCUAAUUAAACUCGGAAAACAUUCUUAUAACUUGAGUUGAGGUUUCUGAUUUUCAUGGGGUAUAAGCAAUAAUCAUGUGAAAACAAAGAGAGGUGUGAAAAUUUGUAAUUUACAUCCAAUGUAAACAAAUGUUUAAAAUUUUUUGUGAAUUAAAAUUGUGAAUACAGAACUUUUCAGUGAUA